AUUUUGUGUGUCACUGUUUCCGGAGUCGCAGUGAAGAAUCUCGGCAGGCCGAUCAAAACACAUCAGAUUUUUCAUUUUUUUAAAGAGAAUUAUUUACUUUUCCCACCAUGGCGAGGGAAUACGAUCACCUGUUUAAACUACUUAUUAUAGGUGAUAGCGGUGUAGGAAAAAGUAGUCUUCUUUUGAGGUUUGCAGACAACACAUUUUCAGGUUCUUAUAUUACAACAAUUGGUGUAGAUUUCAAAAUCAGGACGAUCGAUGUCAAGGGUGAAAAGGUCAAGUUACAGAUCUGGGACACGGCAGGACAGGAGAGGUUCAGAACCAUCACAUCAACGUAUUACAGAGGUACGCAUGGAGUUAUAGUGGUCUACGAUGUAUGUAGUGCGGAAUCCUUCGUCAACGUCAAGAGAUGGCUCUAUGAAAUAGACCAGAACUGUGAAGACGUCAGUAGGAUAUUAGUUGGCAAUAAGAACGAUGCACCAGAGAGGAAAGUGGUCGAGACGGAAGACGCCCAGAAGUUUGCAGAACAAAUGAAUAUUCAACUCUACGAAACUAGCGCGAAAGAGAACAUCAAUGUAGAAGAGAUGUUUAAUGGAAUCACUGCAUUAGUGUUAAAGCAAAAACUUGAAAAUCAAGCAAAGCUGAAUGCACCCAACGAUAAUGGCAAGGUUAAUCUAGAAAAGAAGGGCAAGGGCAAGAAAGGAAAAUGCUGCGGUAAAUGAGGGCAGCUUGGACUUCCUAGAUUCUAUACCGCCCCCAUCAUACUCUUUACGUUUUUUUGCCAUUCUGUGUCGAAACUUUACUACGAACAAGAAAUCUUUGAUCGCGUUGUCCGCCAUUCUGCGUUGCAACAGUGGGAGCCUUGUGGAGGACGUUGCGAUCACGUGAGCCAUAAGAGCUAUGAUAGAGAUCAGCGUCUGUGCGAUUAGUUACCUACGUUGCAAGGUGCUCUAGGAUUAAAGACGGUGUGUGCGUGUUCAGGCGAGCCCUGGAUUGUAAUGAUAGUGGAUGUCGAUCCUCAAAGGAGCGGAAGGCAACAGUUCAACCUGAGAUCCGAGACUCCGGAGGAUUCCUUUCCUCGACACACCUUUACGUCCAAGUAAUGCCAUUUUUAUGGGGAAAGCGCCGGGCAACGAGCAAGAUCUUAAUCCACAAUGUGUGAACCAGUCCUUGAAGUUACGCAUCCCCAGCGUAAUUUUGAUAGAUUCCAAAGUGAAUGACCUGCUGUUUGCCUGAAUGAACUUACAUGGACCUGUAUGAGUGGGGAGGUGCUGGGAAUGCUGGGCUAGUUUAUUGUAGUAUUCUUAUGCAAUUUUUUCUUAAUCAGCAGGGUUACUUUAUUCAUUCUACUAAUGAUUCAUUCUAUCGGCCUAAAAAUUUACAUACCAUAUCAGAAAUACCAGUAACAUUCAAUUAUGUAACAGCAUAUUCUUUUCUUUUUAUUUGCAAAUUCUACAUGCAUGAUACAUUUGUAUGUAUAACCUCAACUUUAUUAUCAUUAUUCUUUCUGAAAAAUAACUCAUGGCAAACCUUUUUGCUGCUUUUGUUUUUGUCAUUGUAACAAGAAAUCAUGAACUCACUCUGCUUUCAUUUUUACCUUUUUGAUGAAUUUUGAAGAAAAAAAAUGCUGAAAUCAGAAAUGUAAGUCUUUGAUAAUUCAUUGUACCAGUAAUCCUAUAAUCCUAUUAGGCUGUAUGAACCGUUGGUGCAAUUUGAUAAGAAUGGUGUGGUACUGGUACUUUAUCUUAAAAAGGAAAUCCAACCUUGAUACACCUGUAGCAAAUUAUUCUCUUGGAAAACAGACACAUCAGAGAAGUAGACUGGCGAAAGUUUGAAUGAAAUCAGACAAAAAAUGAGAAAGUUAUGAAUUUAAAAAAGUUGUAAUCACUUCAGAUAAUGGGCUCUUCAAAUUGACUGGAUUGGUAAUGUCUCUGUGAUGUAGUGGCUGACAACUUUCCCAUUAAUUCCAAUUUACAAAAUGACUAUCAAUUUUUCAAAGAUGUGUUUAAUACUCAGGAGGGUCUAUUCUUCUUUAAUAUUCUAUCAGUAAUAUAUUUUGAGUAGUGGCCCAAUGGAGAAGGCACUUCGGAGAAAAAAAACCUGAAAUUAAUGAUACUUUUUGAACAUGACACAUGGGAGAGUCAUCCACGCUUACGCCACAAUCCACUAACUAAACUGCCAAUUUGAGAUUCGCAUAGACUUUAAGUGAUCCCAUA